CUUUGGAAAUUUACAGUGUUCAUCCAUGGAAGAAGUUGUCGACAUUGUGGUCGAUUUUGAGAACUAUUUUCCUUCAAUGAUGGAGAGAUAUGGUGCCAAAUGGCUGUUGAGGGAGCUUCGCAAUGAGCUCAAGCUGUUGAUAGAUGGGGAAAGAGAGGUGAUAAUGUUCGAGAGCUUGAAAACGAAGAGCGUGAUGUUGGGGCGGAGUGAUAUGGAGGAUGAUGAGAUAGUUUGCAUGUUGAGUGAAAGUGAUUUGGAUGGUGAUUGUGCUUUGAAUCAGAUCGAGAACCCGAAGCAAGCCGAGGAAAAGAAAAAGUAGUUGAUUAGUCCCUGAACUUUUACAAAUUCUGCAAAUCG